AAGAAAUAGAAAAAAUGGAAGGGGCUUAUUAAGGACAGUAUAUAAAAGGAUUGUGGCGAUGAUAUUACACAGCGCGGUAAAACAAGCUUUUUGAAAUUGUGGAAAUGGCGGUAUCACUGUCUCCCUCUCUCUCACCAAAAUCAAAUCAAACGCAAAUGAAAUGCCUCCUCACUAUCAUUCACCCCUCCAAAAACCUCUUUAAAAUCAACUCUUACCUCCACAAAAAUAAGAGCUCAAUUAUCCGCCGAAACCCUAAUUGAACUUGAGAAACAAAACCCUAAUGGAAGGUGGAGAAAAUCAAAUUCAGACCAGGAGUCGAGCAUCUCGCAAACGGCCGAAUCAAGCUGGGGACGAAGAGAAUCCGAUGACGAAGAAGCGGGUCGUAUUAGGGGAGAUAACUAAUAUAUCUUCUAAUGUAACUGAGUCGAACCAAAAUUCGAGUGAGGCGAAGAUCCGGAAGCUGAAACCUGAAUCCGAUCUGGAUAAGACGGGAAAUGAAGUUAACCAGGAGGUGGCUGUCAGCCCUGGAUCGGGAUCCGACGAGCCGCGGAGAUACGGAUUUGCUCCUUCGAUGUUACAGUAUUUGCGUUCUGUGGAGGUUGAGGCAAAAAGGAGACCACUGUCCAACUACAUCGAAAAGGUUCAGGAUGACAUGAACCCAGUCAUGAGAGCGAUUCUGGUUGAUUGGUUGGUGGAGGUUGCCGAAGAGUACAAACUUGUUUCGGACACCCUCUAUCUUUCUGUAAACUAUAUUGACAGAUACCUGUCCGCACAUAAAGUGUCGAGGAGUAAGCUUCAGCUUCUUGGAGUAUCUUGCAUGCUUGUUGCAGCUAAAUAUGAAGAAAUCAGUCCCCCAAACAUUGAGGACUUUUGCUACAUAACUGAUAAUACAUACAUAAAAGAAGAGGUUGCUCAAAUGGAGAGAGAAGUGUUUAGGUUUUUAGAUUUUGAGCAGGGUGGCCCAACUACUAAAACUUUUCUAAGAAUUUUUACUAAAGCUGCUCAAGAGACACCCAUGUUCUCCGAUGUCGAGUUUGACUUUUUGUGCUGUUAUCUUGCUGAGCUUAGUUUACUGGAUUAUGGCUGUGCUCGCUACAUUCCAUCAAUGGUUGCUGCAUCAGCCAUCUUUCUUGGAAGAAUCAUUUUGCAGCCAAAAGUUCGAUGGACGCUGGCAUUACAACGUCGUACAGGUUAUAAAGCAUGUGAACUGAAAGAGUGCGUCCUGAGACUUCACCAUUUGCUACUCAGAAGCGAGCAAUCUGCGCCUGCUGUUCGACUGAAAUAUUCAGACCAGAAGUUCAAAUGUGUUUCGUCGCUAAAAUCAGUGAAUCCUCCUGCUGAAGUUCCAGCAUACCUUUUCGAGUGAAUUAUCAUGAUCUGGUCUAUAAGAUACUCCGCAGCAACCACAGGCAUAUAUAGAAGGAAGGAAAGCUGCCUUAUGGAAAAAUUCAAUCAGUAGCUGGACUCGAGGUUAACGGAGAAUGUGAUGAACUUUGUCUUUUGCGUCUUGGUUGAGCGGAGAUUGGAUAGUAAAUCAAGGAGGAAGGUUGCUCUGCAACGUUAAGGGAAGGUUUGUAAUUGUAUGUAUGCUUCUACACCUGGGGAAAUGAAUAUCAUUAGUUUUUGAUUAGCUACUCUAUGCGAUUUCUCAAAUAUUGAAAAGAUUAGUUUAGUACAAAAUGUUGUAAUACAAUUCCAAUUGAAAAAGUGGGCUAUACUUUUGGAAUAUUCGAAAAAAGACUGAUUUUGUGGGGCUA